AGGAGCGUCUGUCAGGAGAUCGCCAUAUUUCUGUACGGCCGUGGGGCAGCCCCGGCAGUCCGUGGGUCAGGAGAGGUGCUGACAAGGCGGGGCAGACGCUGGGCUUCUCCGGCUUUACCCCUCCCGCUGAGGACAGGUGGCUGCAGCGCGCCCCGCCUCCGCCAGCUGCGAGUGGGAACCAGGGAGGGCCAGUCCGGGACGGCCACCGCCAGCUGCGAGUCGGGGGACAGCUCGAUCUAGUGCGGGACAGCCGGCCGAAGGGUCCGGCAGCGGCAAACGAGUAUCCUGGCGGCCAAAAAAAUGCUCCUGUACCGGGGGGCCCCCGUGGGCCCCGGCGCGCCGGGCGGCGGACUGGCCCGGCCGGGCAGCGUCCCGCAGGCCUUCGGGAUCCGCCUGAGCACGAUGAGCCCCCGCUACCUCCAGAGCAACUCCUGCAGUCACACGCGACCCUUCAGUGCCAUCGCGGAGCUGCUAGAUAAUGCUGUAGAUCCAGAUGUAUCUGCCAGGACCGUCUUUAUAGAUGUCGAGGAAGUCAAGAAUAAACCUUGUUUGACCUUUACUGAUGAUGGAUGUGGGAUGACACCUCACAAACUCCACCGGAUGCUCAGCUUUGGCUUUACAGAUAAAGCAAUAAAGAAGAGCCAGUGUCCCAUCGGGGUCUUUGGUAAUGGUUUCAAGUCGGGUUCCAUGCGGCUAGGAAAAGAUGCUCUUGUCUUCACCAAGAAUGGAAAUACUCUCACUGUCGGACUUCUGUCACAGACCUACCUGGAGUGUAUCCAGGCCCAGGCCGUCAUUGUCCCAAUUGUCCCAUUCAGCCAGCAAAGCAAAAAAAUGAUUGUUACUGAAGAUUCUUUGCCGAGCCUAGAAGCCAUCUUGAACUACUCAAUUUUCAACAGUGAAAAAGACCUGCUAUCUCAGUUCGAUGCUAUCCCAGGGAAAAAAGGCACCCGUGUUCUCAUUUGGAAUGUCCGCAGAAACAAAGAUGGAAAGUCUGAGCUGGACUUUGAUACAGAUCAAUAUGAUAUCCUGGUAUCAGACUUUGAUGCUGAAGAAAAAGACAUCAGUGGUGUUACCUUCCAGCCGCCAGAAACAGAGUAUUCCUUACGAGCAUUUUGUAGUGUUCUAUAUAUGAAGCCCCGGAUGAAGAUUUUUCUGCGACAAAAGAAAGUGACUACCCAGAUGAUUGCUAAGAGCCUUGCUGAUGUGGAACAUGAUAUAUAUAAAUCUCCCUUCACGAAUAAGCAGGUGAAAAUCACAUUUGGAUUCUCUUGCAAAUAUCAUAACCAGUUUGGAGUAAUGAUGUAUCAUAACAACCGCCUUAUCAAGGCCUUUGAAAAGGUGGGCUGCCAGUUAAAGCCAACUCGUGGAGUAGGCGUGGGAGUAAUUGGAGUCAUUGAGUGCAAUUUCCUAAAACCUGCCUACAACAAACAAGACUUUGAGUACACCAAGGAGUACCGGUUGAUAAUAAGUACUCUUGCCCAGAAACUCAAUGCUUAUUGGAAGGAAAAAACAUCUCAAGAGAAUUUUGAGAACUUACCUAUAUCCAGGAAGAUUCCUGACCAGACAUGGGUACAAUGUGAUGAAUGCCUGAAGUGGAGAAAACUUCCUGGAAAGGUGGAUCCAUCCACAUUACCUGCAAGAUGGUUUUGUUACUAUAAUCCCCAUCCAAAAUACAGGAGAUGCUCUGUUCCAGAAGAACAAGAACGCAUGGAAGACUUAUACCUGAGCAAGGCUAAGCAACAAGAUGAAACUGUUGAGAAGAAGCAGAAGCCUGUGGAAGGUGACAAGCACCAGGUCCUCAGCCAUCCACUAAAGACUCCCACUACACAAGAUAUGGGUGAACGAACUGACAAGACGAUUGGAUAUGAGCAAAUCAAUAGCCCUAGCCUGCUUUCAUCGGGUGGGGAAGAAAACAGAUCACCUCUUCAACUUAAGUCUCUGGAUUCCAGUGUUUUUCAGUUUUCCAGUCUUCGGCGUGUUGUUUGUGAAAUGCUCAACUCACAGUCAAAUAGAGAAAAGUGCUUCAGGAAGCGUUUGGAAGUAACAGAAGGAAGUAAGUACAAAUUGAUGCUCGGUGAGGAGCCUGUGGAGAAACGAAGGAGGCUCCAGAAUGAGAUGACGCCAUCUCCUAUAGAUUACUCCAUGUCCAGUCCUUACAGGAGGGCAGAAGCAGCUGCGGCCUACCCAGAAGGAGACAACAGCCAAGAUCAAUCCAGUUCUGAGAGAAGCACACCACCAUACCUCCUACCAGAAUACCCAGAAGCAAACAAGAAUAUAGAGCAGAACCGGGAAGCUCCAGCACUUGGUCCAGGGGCCCAGGGCCAAGACCAGGAGUCCCUGCUUCCUGAAGAGCUAGAAGAUCAGAUGCCAAGAUUGGUAGCAGAAGAAUCUAACAGAAGUAGCGAGAACAUAAACAAAGAAGUGAAUAAAGGGCCUUUUGUAGCUGUAGUCGGUGUUGCAAAGGGACUUACAGAUUCAGGAGCUCCCAUCCAGCUAAUCCCUUUUAACAGGGAGGAGUUUGUAGGGAGAAGAAAGGCAGCAGGAUCCUGGAACCGGAAUCCUUAUUCUUCUGGGGCCCCUGCCGCAGCCGCUGCAGGGAAAGGAAAAGGCUGCCAGGAAAGUGGAGGGCGCAACAUGCCAAAGAUCAAGAACCAGAAAGAAUUGGAGGAAUUGAAGAGAACCACGGAAAAACUGGAGCGUGUUCUGGCUGAAAGGAAUUUGUUCCAGCAAAAGGUAGAGGAGCUGGAACAGGAGAAGAAUCAUUGGCAUUCUGAAUUUAAGAAAGUUCAACAUGAAUUGGUGACCUAUAGCACCCAGGAGACAGAAGGCUUGUACUGGAGCAAGAAGCAUAUGGGUUAUCGCCAAGCUGAAUUCCAGGUUCUGAAAGCCGAACUAGAAAGAACCAAAGAAGAGAAGCAGGAGCUAAAAGAGAAACUGAAAGAGACAGAGACACACCUGGAAGUACUGCAGAAGGCCCAGGUCUCCUGCCGGAAGCCAGAGGGAGAUGACCUAGACAGGGCUUUGGCAAAGCUUACGCGGCUACGUAUCCACGUCAGCUAUCUCCUUACUUCUGUCCUCCCUCACUUGGAGCUUCGUGAGAUCGGGUAUGACUCAGAACAAGUGGAUGGGAUCCUGUACACGGUGCUGGAGGCAAAUCACAUACUGGAUUGAGCACCAGACUAUAUAUCCUCUCCUCGCUUUCUCUUCUCUGUUCUGCCUGUGUGCUGUAUGCCCUCCCUUGUCUCGCUCCUCCUUUCUUUCCCUCCCCCAGCCUUUUUUUCUUUUUCACCUGUAUGCCUUAUAUCGAGAAUCUUUAAAUAAGUCCUGGUUCUUAAUCAGUGUGCUUUACAUUCAGAGUGGGUGCGGAGAAAGAGGCCCGUUAAAUAGCCGUUUAAGAGUCCAGGAAAAGAAAAAGCAAUAGUCACCAAGUUAGGUGACCUGAAAGCUCUAGUUUUCAUGAUCUAGAUACUUGGCCUGUUUCAUGUUCUGAUAGUGGUUCGUGUUCACUUAGGAUAAAUGGGUCAGCAAAUGUUGGGUCCAAUGUACCUGGUGGGAUAAAUCAGGCUUUCAGCCCUGCCAAGGUUGAAACAGUCUAGUUGGAAGCACAAGUCACAGCAAGUUAACUAAUGAUCCAAAGGAGGGUAUAGUGUGUGUGCGUGGUGGAAAGAUGACAGAGAAGAUGAAGAAGAGCAAUGUAAAGGAAGGCAGUGCACCAUAAGUGGGACCUAAACGAAGCAUCAAAAGAGUGAGCACGACAACACUCUGAAUCAUGCUUGUUGCCUAACUGGUAGGAUUAUGGUUGAUAGUUUUUCUCCUUCCUAUCUUCUUGCCCUUUUCAAAUUUUCUAUAGCAUUCUUGUUAUUCUUCUUACAUUGGAAAAUAAAUUGUUUUGAAAGCUAAUAAGUAGGCUUGAAUCUGGGUGUCAAAUGAGAUGUUUAUGAAAGUAUAAAGUCAUUUUACACUUAUAAUUUAUGUUGAGUUUAACAUUACCUCUGGGGAGACAGCAUAAACAAAUGUGCAAAAAAAAUCCAGAAUGUGAAAAAUGUGUUUGGUAAGAGUAAUAGGUUCAUGUAAAAGGAACCCACCAACGAACUCACCAAUUCUCCGUGGCAUUUUUAUUUUAAUAACAGAUAUGUGAAAAUAAAUAUAUAAGGAUCAAAAUUUUGUAUGUAUCAUCACAUUAUUACAUUUUAGAUAUCAGGGGAAAUAUUUUAGAAUAGAAAGAUUUAGUUGCCAUCCCUUGUAAUAUACCUACAUACUUUCUAGGCUAUAUAGAAUAAGAUGUAGACCUCAGAGUACAGAAAUAUACAGUACAACUUAUACUCAUGCAAAGAUAGUUUUAUGAAUCCAUUGCUUUAUUAUAUUUAUGUAGUAUAAAGUCUCCAAAGAGUUA